AUGAAAAAAUAAUUCAUAAUACUUGCUUUGUUAGGCAUACUUGCUUUAGCCUAAAAAGAAUGCCCAGAAAAUAGUUUCUUAAAAUCAGAUAACUGCGUUUGCAAAGAAGGAUAUUAUGGUGUAAGUGCUGAUAAAUGUGUUCAAUGCCCAGAUAAUACUACUUCUUUCCCUGGUUUGUAUUAUAACACCUAUGAUAAGGCUACUGCUGCAGAUUGUAAAAAAUGUUAAUAUAAUUACUAUGUUACAGGUAAAGCAACUAAAGAGUAACCUGCUACUUGCGCUAAAUGUCCUGAGCAUUCCAUGACUACAAUUCAUACAAAUGGAGAAGAUGUCAAAACUGAAGCUUAAGCAUGCUUAGAAUGUGAAGAUGGUUACUAUUGGAAUAAUAAAGAUGGUAAAAAAGUUUGCUUACCUUGUGGAAGUGAAGGCGCUGUUCCUUUUGAUAAGCAAAAAGCAGGAAAAGAUGCAUCAUUCUGUAAUAGUUGCAAAGAAACUUAUUUUAUGACUAAAGCCGCAGAUUCAGCAACUGGUUAACCAGCUUAAUGUUCAAAAUGCCCAGAAAAAUCUUAUUCUUCUGUGUAAACAGAUGUUGGAUCAGUUGCAAGUUGCUCUUGUGUUGAUAGAUUAGCAGACAAAUUAUCAGAUACCGUUACAACUUGUGUUUGUAAAGCAGGUUAUACUGGGAUAACAUCUAAUGAUUAUUCAAAAUCAGGAUGUGAACCUGCAUGUGCUGAUAAUGCCUCCAAGUAUGAUGGUAGAUGUGCUUGCAAUAAAGGAUAUUAUGGAUAGAAAGCUCAAUACGGGGAUAAAUGUGAAAAAUGUCCUGAAUUAACUCUUUCUAAUUAAUGUCAUGGUUGCAAUACUGGUGACAAAGCAAGUAUUAGAAGUUGUUAUUAAUGUAUUGAAAAUUACUUUGUUGAAGAAACUGCUGACGGGUACGGAUCUAAUGCUCAUGCUGCAAAAUGCAAAGCUUGCCCUGAAAAUUCUUAUAAUGAAGAAGGCGGAAUGGGCUUUUGUAAAUGUUUUGAUUAAUAUGCUGAAAGAUUAAAUUAUGUCGAUAAUGUAUGUAAAUGCAAGUACGGAUACACAGGUAAAGUUGCAACAACAAAGGGCGGAGUAGGUUGCGUUAAGAUAGGAUCAUCUAGUUCAGGUUCAUCAGGCAGUAACAGUAAUUCUGGAUCUUCAGGCAGCAAUUCAAGUUCAGAAAAGAAUGAUAAGGAAACUUCCGAAUCAUAAAGUAUUAAUGUUAAUACAAAUUCUGCAAAUCUUAAAAUCUUAGCACUUAUGAUGUUAUCAGCAAUUUUAAUUUGA